AUGGCUGAACAGCUGCCCAUCCGAUUCCAACAGCUUGCCCAGCUGCAAGCAUUAGGCGUUAAUGCAGCGAGCGUUGGGUUCCAAACACUUACCUUGGAGUCUGAACGAUUUGUGUGUGUACGUGAACAAGUGAAUGGCCAAAACCAAGUGGUUAUUAUCGACCUUGCCAACAACAAUGACAUGAUGCGACGCCCUAUCACCGCCGAAUCAGUGAUAACACAUCCAACCACCAAGAUUAUUGCCUUGAGAGCACAACGCCAACUUCAAGUGUUCAAUCUCGAGACGAAGACCAAAAUGAGCUCUCACCUUAUGCACGACGACAUCACCUUUUGGAAAUGGAUUGACUUGAAGACAAUUGGUAUCGUGACGGGAACAGCUGUGUACCAUUGGUCGGUGGAUAAUGGCUCGGCUCCAGUCAAGGUGUUUGAUCGACAUGCCAACCUGGCAGGAUGUCAAAUCAUCAACUAUCGCACAUCAAGCGAAGGCAACUGGAUGGUGUUGAUUGGUAUCUCGUCACAACAAGGAAGUGUAGUGGGAUCCAUGCAACUAUAUUCUCGAGAACGUGGUGUCAGUCAGCCUAUUGAAGGUCAUGCUGCUGCUUUUGCCGAAAUACAACUUGAAGACGCCCCUCAGCCUACCAAAUUAUUCGCCUUUUGUGUACGCACUGUCACUGGAAAUGCCAAGUUGCAAAUCAUUGAAGUUGAUCACCCAGACAACAAUCCUCCAUUCCCAAAGAAGGCGCCUGAAAUGUUCUUUGCUCCUGAAAACCCAGCCGAUUUCCCCGUAGCCAUGCAAGUUGGCAAGCGCUUUGGUGUCGUUUAUGUGCUCACCAAGAUGGGCUUCAUCCAUAUCUACGACCUUGAAACCGGCAUUUGUAUCUUUGUGAAUCGUAUCAGUGACGACACUGUUUUUAUUGCUACCGAUCAACCAUCCACCUCUGGUGUUGUGGCAAUCAACAAGAAAGGACAAGUCUUAUCUGUCACUCUUGAUGAAAAUACGGUGGUGCCUUACAUUGUGAACAAGCUUGGCAACACUGAAUUGGCACUAAAGCUCGCUGGUCGUGGAGGUCUUGCUGGUGCCGAUGAUUUAUGCGUGAGCCGUUUCAAUCAACUCUUUUCCUCUGGUGCAUACAUUGAUGCUGCUAAGCUUGCUGCCAAUUCACCAAGAGGUAUCUUGCGUACACCAGACACGAUUGAACGAUUUCGACAACUUCCUAGUAUGCCCAAUCAAUUGUCUCCCAUCCUGCAGUACUUUGGCAUGCUACUUGAGAAGGGUGGAUUGAAUCGAUAUGAAUCCCUUGAAAUGGCCAAGCCCAUUCUCUUGCAGAACCGUAAGCCUUUGCUAGAGAAAUGGCUCAAGGACGACAAACUCGAAUGCAGCGAGGAGCUUGGUGACUUUGUCAAGCAAUAUGACUCCAAGUUGGCAUUAUCCGUUUAUUUGCGUGCCAAUGUUCCCAACAAGGUCGUCUUGUGCUUUGCUGAAAACCGCCAAUACGACAAGAUUGUUGCUUAUGCAAAGACAGUUGGAUACACGCCCGAUUACAACUCGCUCUUGUACAACAUUGCUCGCACCGACCCUGAUAGCACGGUGGCAUUUGCAAAUGCAUUGAUUAAUGAUGAAACUGGACCUUUGAUUGAUGCUGAAAAGGUGGUCGAUGUAUUGAUGUCUCAGAAUAUGCUUCAGCAAGCCACGUCUUUCCUUUUGGACUAUCUCAAAGAAAAUCGACCCGAACACGCCAACCUCCAGACACGUGUCAUUGAGAUGAACUUGAUCCAUGCACCUCAAGUUGCUGAUGCCAUUUUUGGUACGGGAAUGCUCACACAUUAUGAUCGUGUUGCUGUUGGUACACUUUGUGAAAAGGCUGGCCUCUAUCAACGAGCACUUGAGCACUAUACUGAUAUUCACGAUAUCAGACGCAUUAUCCCAUAUACUCAAACCAUGAAUCCCGAGUGGCUCGUCAAUUACUUUGGUACCUUGUCAGUGGAUCAAACUUUGGAGUGCUUGAAAGAGAUGCUUUCCCACAACCUGCGUCAAAACCUUCAAGUCGUAGUACAAGUGGCGAUCAAGUAUUCCGACCAAUUGCAGCCUAACAACUUGGUGGAGCUCUUUGAGAAUUUCAAGAGCAACGAAGGCAUGUACUAUUACUUGGGCUCCAUUGUCAACGUUAGCCAGGAUCCUUUGGUGCACUUUAAGUACAUCCAAGCAGCAUGUCGCACCGGCAAUAUUCGUGAGGCUGAGCGUAUUUGUCGCGAGAGCAACUAUUAUGAUGCUGAGAAGGUCAAAAACUUCCUCAAGGAAGCAAGACUCAGUGAUCAGUUGCCGUUGAUUAUUGUGUGCGAUCGAUUCGGAUUUGUGCAUGAUCUCGUGUUAUACUUGUAUCACAACAACCUUCAAAACUUCAUCGAAGUAUACGUGCAAAAAGUCAACCCGGCGCGUACGCCUGAGGUUGUUGGUGGAUUGUUGGAUGUCGGAUGCGAUGAGGAUGUUAUCAAGAAUCUGCUCAUGUCCGUCAAGGGUGAUUUGGAUGUGGGAAAAUUGUGCGAAGAGGUGGAGCAGCGCAACAGACUCAAGCUCCUCUUGCCAUGGCUCAAUAUGCGUACAACCGAAGGAUCCACUGACAAAGAAGUCUACAAUGCUUUGGCCAAGAUUUACAUUGAUACCAACAACAACCCUGAACCAUUCCUCAAGGAGAACGAGUACUAUGAACCACGAACGAUUGGCAAGCAUUGUGAAAAGAGAGACCCCUAUCUUGCAUACAUUUGUUACGAGAAGGGCCAAUGCGACUAUGAGCUGAUCCAUAUUACAAGCGAGAAUGCCAUGUUCAAGCACCAAGCUCGCUAUCUUGUUCGUCGUCGUGAUGCAGCAUUAUGGCAACAUGUAUUGCAAGAGAACAAUGAAAAUCGACGUGAAUUGAUCGAUCAGAUUGUCGCCACCGCCUUACCCGAAUGCACCGACCCAGAGGAUGUUUCAAUCACCGUCAAGGCAUUCAUGGCUGCUGAUCUCCCCAACGAGUUGAUUGAGCUCUUGGAGCGUAUUGUGCUUGAAGACAGUGCCUUUAAUGACAACAAGACUCUGCAAAACCUCUUAAUCUUUACUGCUGUCAAGGCUGAUCCAAGCAAGGUGAUGGAUUACAUCGAGCGUUUGGAUAACUUUGAUGCUCCUGAUGUGGCUGAAGUGUGUCUUGGCGAAGGAUUGUAUGAAGAGGCAUUUGCUAUCUACAAGAAGUACAAUGUCAAUGGCAGUGCCGUCAGCGUAUUGAUUGACAAGAUCGAAGACCUUGACCGUGCUUAUGAAUUUGCCGAUUUAUGCGAUCAAGCUGAUGUGUGGAGCAAGCUUGCCAAGGCCCAACUCGAUCAUAUGCAUAUCAAAGAGUCGAUUGACUCGUACAUCCGUGCUCAAGAUACAUCCAACUAUAUGGAAGUGACUCGCUAUGCAGAAAUGAACGACAAGUAUGAUGACCUUGUGCGCUACUUGCAAUUGGCACGCAAGCAAGCCCGUGAACCAUACAUUGAGACCGAGUUGUUGUAUGCAUACGCCAAGACGGAGCGGUUGUCAGAUUUGGAAGAUUUUAUUUCAGCACCCAACAUUGCACAUGUGCAAGAUGUUGGUGAUCGAUGUUUCCAGGCACACAUGUUAGAGGCAGCCAAAAUCUUGUACAGCAGCAUCUCGAAUUAUGCCAGCCUAGCAACGACCCUCGUCCAUCUCAAGGAUUACUCUGGUGCUGUUGAUUGUGCACGCAAGGCCAAUAGUACGAAGGUGUGGAAGGAAGUGAAUGUGGUGUGCAUUGAGCAACAUGAGUUCCGCCUCGCACAAAUUUGUGGUCUCAACAUCAUCGUCCAUGCGGAGGAGUUGGAGCAAGUGAUCAAGACGUACGAGCGUAAUGGAUUCUUUGAGCAGCUCAUCACAUUGUUGGAGAAUGGCCUCAAUUUGGAACGUGCACACAUGGGCAUGUUUACAGAGCUCUCGGUCUUGUAUUCCAAAUACGCCCCUGAAAAGAUGAUGGAGCACUUGAAGGUGUACAUUUCCCGCAUCAACAUCCCCAAAGUCAUCCGAGCAUGCAAUGAUACCCAUCUUUGGCGUGAGCUUGUAUUCCUUUAUGUCCAUUAUGACGAAUUCGACAAUGCAGCCCUUGUCAUGAUGGAGCAUGCUGCUGUGUCAUGGGAGCAUUCGGCAUUUAAGGAUAUCAUCGUCAAGGUCUCGAAUGUUGAGUUGUAUUACAAGUCUUUGCGCUUCUAUCUCAACGAACAACCCAUGCUCCUCAACGAUUUACUUGCUGUCAUGAUCCCUCGUAUCAACCACACUCGUGUUGUACAACUGUUUGAAAAAUCUGACAACAUCCCAUUGAUCCAACCCUAUCUUACAUCGGUUCAACACACCAACAACAAGGCCGUCAAUAGUGCAUUGAACGAGCUCUUUAUUGAGGAAGAAGAUUAUGUCUCGCUACGUGAUUCGAUUGAUCAACAUGGCAAUAUUGACCAGCUUGAGAUUGCCAAGAGACUUGAAAAGCACGAAUUACUCGAGUUCCGCCGUAUUGCUGCUCAUUUGUACAAAAAGAACCGUAGAUGGCGUCAAUCUAUUGCCUUGUCUAAGCAGGAUCGUUUGUUCAAGGAUGCCAUGGAAACCGCUGCUGAAUCACGCGAUAAGGAAGUGACCGAGGAAUUGCUCCGUUAUUUCAUUGAAGUCGGUAAACGAGAAUGCUUUGCAGCCAUGCUGUAUACCUGUUACGACUUGCUUCGUCCCGAUGUGGUGUUUGAAUUGGCUUGGCGACAUAAUCUCAAGAACUUUGCUAUGCCCUACAUGAUCAAUCUGUUGCAUGAGCAAUAUCACAGAAUUCAAUCUUUGGGUACUGAUGUGGAUGACUUGAAGGCUAGAGUGGAGAAACAAGGACAACAACAAGAAGCCCAAGCAGGACCCGCUAUAGGAGCACCUAUCGGCAAUCCACUUAUGCUUCCCGCCGCACCCACUGGUAUGACCAUGGCUUCUUCUCCAUCUUUUGGUGGCAUGUAA